AUGGCUUCCAAAGGACCGCUACUCCGAUGUCUCUCCCGAGCGAAGACGCCGAUCCCACGCGUUCGCAGCCUCUAUCAACCUUUCUCGAACUCAUCUCGCACUCAAACAGACGGCGUCUUUCGAGCGUUAACGAACGAGCGAGUCGAAGUGCCAUGGGUUGAAGCCUUUCGCAAGCAGCAGGCGCAAGGGAGUGAACCCCAGCAGCAAUCCGGUCAACCACAAACGCCCAAAGAUCGUGAUCUUUCGCCCCGGAAAAUGUCCGACUCAUAUCACAGUGUUGUUCUUCCGUUAGCACAGGAUCCGUGGCUACUGGAUACCUACAUGAAUUCGUCCGGCCACAUUCGGAUAGGGACCAUUCUAAUGGACUUGGAUGCUCUGUCCGGAGUCGUUGCAUAUAGACACACGGGAGACAGCGUGACUACCGUCACAGCUGCAUGCGAUCGAAUCACAAUCAAUCACCCUUUGACCGAAGUGUGCGACCUCCAAUACAGCGGACGAGUAACAUACGCCGCUGGAGGAAGCAGUAUGGAAAUCACGCUGCAAGUCGCCAAAGCCCCGCAAGCAGGCGCAAAGGUCAAGCCAGAGGACGUGAUGAUGACCUGCCAAUUCACCAUGGUGUCACUGGAUCCUGGUACAAAGAAGCCAGUCAAGAUCCCAGCCAUCAAGCCAGAGACCGAGGAGGAGAGGCGCCUUUUCGACCAAGGCGAGAAGAACUCCAAGCAUCGAAAAGACUUACUGCAAAGGUCUCUGCUCAAGGAGACACCAAAUGACGAGGAGAGUGACCUCAUCCACGCCAUCUGGCAACGCCAACUCAAAUACCACGACCCUAAUGAUUCUCUCCGGAAACCCAACAACGUCCACUUCAUGGAUGCCACCAAACUGACCACUGCCAGUAUCAUGCAACCACAAUACCGGAAUCGACAUCAAUUCAUGAUCUUCGGUGGCUAUCUUCUCAAACAGACUUUCGAACUCGCCUUCUGCUGCGCCGCAAGUUUUGCCCAUACUCGCCCGACCUUCGUCUCGCUGGACCCUUCGACCUUCCAGAAUCCGGUACCUGUCGGCAGCGUGCUCUACCUCACCGCAACCGUGGUCUUCACAGAUCCACCAGUCGUCAACGCAGGAUCCGAUUCUCCUGAAAACGGCGAGACCAACCAAACUCGGAUCCAAGUCCGUGUGGAUAGUAAAGUGAGAGACGUGGAACACGGACAAGCGAAACCUACUGGCCAGUUCAACUACACCUUCACCGUCGACAAAGACAUCAAAGUAAUGCCAAGAUCCUACUCGGAAUUCAUGAUGUACGUCGACGCCCGACGCCGAGCGAAGCGUGUCGCCGAGAGCGUCCAGGAAGGCCAAACAGACAGCGGGAAGCAGGAGAGAGUCACAGAGUAG